AUGUUAAUAAGUUCAAUACCAAGCUUCAUACAAUCAAACUUGACUAAAACAAUGAUUGGGUUGAGUCCAACUUCCAGAAUGGCGAAGACAGCAUUGCGCUUUGCUAGACAAAAGUCGUCUUCAAGCUCCACUGCUGCCUUGGCUUAUAAGAACUUACACCGCAACCAAAAGAGACCUCCAUUACCAACUUUGGAAACUCCAAAUUGGUCUGCUGAUGCCGCUGUUUCUUCUAUUCUUUACGAAACCCCAGUGCAAUCUAGAGCUCCAAAGAAGCUGCAUGUAUUGAACUGUUUGGUUCAAAAUGAGCCGGGUGUUUUGAGUUCUGUUUCCGGUACUCUUGCUGCCAGAGGUUUCAACAUUGAUUCUCUUAUUGUUUGUAACACUGAGGUUAAGGACCUUUCUCGUAUGACCAUUGUUUUGGCUGGUCAAGAUGCCGUUAUCGAGCAAGCAAGAAGACAAAUUGAAGAUUUGGUUCCAGUUUACGCAGUAUUGGAUUAUACUAAUGCUGAAAUCAUCAAGAGAGAAUUACUUCUUGCCAGAGUUUCCUUAUUAGGACCUGAAUACUUCCAAGAAUUGAUUGCUACCCAUAAGCUUCAUACUUCCAACGCUGCUUCAAUUCCAGACUUGAGUGCUCCUGAAUCUGCGUUCCACCCAAACAACUUGGCUCCAUCUGAAGCUUUGAGACAAAAACACAUACAUUUGGAUCAUAUUAACACCAUCACUGAGAAGUUUGGUGGUAAGAUUGUUGAUAUUUCUGACCGUAAUUGUAUUGUUGAAUUAUCAGCCAAGCCUUCAAGAAUUUCCUCCUUUAUUCAAUUAUUACAACCUUUUGGUAUCUUGGAAAUCGCCAGAUCUGGUAUGAUGGCCCUCCCAAGAACUCCAUUGGAUGGUGCUGUUGUUGAAGAUGAUGUUGUUGAUGCUUCUGACAUUGUUGAUGCUUCUCAAUUACCACCUGGUUAA